AUGUCCACUGAAGCUUCUGUCUCCUACGCUGCUUUAAUCUUAGCUGACGCUGAACUCGAAAUCUCCGCCGACAACUUGUUGGCCAUCACCAAGGCUGCUGGUGCCUCCGUUGAAAACGUCUGGGCCGAUGUCUACGCCAAGGCUUUGGAAGGUAAGAACUUGAAGGAAUUGUUGUUCUCCUUCGCUGCCUCUGCUCCAGCCUCUGCUGCCCCAGCUGGUGGUGCUGCUGCCGCUGGUGACGCCCCAGCUGCCGAAGAAAAGGCUGAAGAAGAAAAGGAAGAAUCCGACGACGACAUGGGUUUCGGUUUAUUCGAUUAA